UCAAACGAAGAAGAAGGAGGCGGAAGCGGGUUCCUGAAGUACCUGCUUUGUAUCUGUUCUUGUUUUAUUCUUGAACGAAAUUAAAGGAUGGCACAGCUGGGUGCCAUAUUCUCCAUAAUCGCUGCUCUGGGAGGAGCAGCACUUUUAGCCUCGGUACACAAGAUCGAUGAGGGACACACUGGAGUUUAUUACAGAGGAGGGGCUCUGCUCACCAGCACCAGUGGCCCUGGUUUCCAUCUCAUGCUUCCAUUCAUCACCACGUACAAGUCUGUUCAGACGACACUGCAGACAGAUGAGGUGAAGAACGUACCAUGUGGCACAAGUGGAGGAGUGAUGAUUUACUUUGACCGCAUAGAAGUGGUGAACUAUCUCAUUCCAUCAUCAGUGUACGACAUAGUGAGGAACUUCACAGCAGACUAUGAUAAGGCUUUGAUAUUCAACAAGGUUCACCAUGAGCUCAACCAGUUCUGCAGUGUUCACUCUCUGCAGGAGGUCUACAUCGGCUUGUUUGACCAAAUUGAUGAAAACCUAAAAUUGACGCUACAAGAAGAUCUAACGAACAUGGCACCAGGAAUCAUCAUACAGGCGGUUCGUGUGACAAAACCCAACAUCCCAGAGAGCAUUCGCCGAAACUACGAGCUCAUGGAGAGUGAGAAGACAAAGCUGCUGAUCACCCAACAGACACAGAAGGUUGUGGAGAAGGAGGCGGAGACUGAGAGGAUCAAGGCUGUCAUCGAGGCUGAGAAAGUGGCACAAGUUGCACAGAUCAAGUAUGGACAGAAAGUCAUGGAGAAGGAAACCGAGAAAAAGAUUUCAGAAAUUGAAGAUGGUGCUUACCUGGCACGGCAGAAAGCCAAGGCAGACGCAGAGUUCUACACGGCACAGAGAUGUGCCGAGGCCAACAAGAUGAAGUUAACACCAGAGUACCUGCAGCUUAUGAAGUACAAGGCCGUCGCAGCCAACAGCAAAAUCUACUUUGGGAGUGAAAUACCCCACAUGUUUGUAGACUCUGGCUCUGCUGGGAGUUCCAUCAAGGCCUCUGCAGCCAUUGACAUUGUGGGUGAGCAGAUCAUGGAUAUGGAUUAAGUUGUGGGACCAUCCACAGGUGGCGGACUAUGGUCUGAAGGCCAGUUGACUGGCAGGUUCCCCCCUUCUGGGCCCAGAAAAGCUCUGCUGACCAGGGCCUGUGUUUCUCAACCCUCUCAGAAUCACUGCAAAAAAAAAAAAAAAAAUCACCUUGAAAGUUUGAACAGGAAGUCACAUUUUUCUACCUCAGAAGGAUAAGAAGACUCAAAGAUAUCUGGUCUUCUGCUCUGUUUGUUUUGAUUCGCCAAGCUCCUUCAAAAACAAUAGGCUCUGCUGCUUACCUUAAAGCUCUAGUGUGUAACUUCUGUCAACAAAACACUGCUCGCGUCGCUACCUCCACUCGCUUUACAAGCGUAGCCGCCGCCGCCGCCGUCCCUUUAUCUAUCAGUCGUGACCUAGAACACCUCACCCUGUGCGCAGCGUGGUAACGUCGCCGGUCGACAGGAAAACAAAGCGCAGGCGUUUGUUUAUUUUUAAAUGUUACACACGGCGGCUUUAAGUGGCAGGUAUCCAAUAGCAACAAAGCACACAACCAUUCCUUUACUGUUUAUGUGUGAACAGUCUUAUUCCUUAACCCUUGUGUCACUUGCACUAAACCCAAGCCUCUUCCCUCAAAGUUACUAGUUGAUUUUGACCAUGAUUAUCACAUCAACCACUUGAUUCCACGGACGCAUUGCGAUGCCUUCCGUUUCUAUGUGUAUGCACAAUUUUUAAACAAUCAAAACGAGCAGAUAGUCCACAAUUCAGAUAACUACGAACCCUAAUAUGAUUCAUAUAACGCAUAAAUGGAGCAUUGUGUUUUUGAAAUGUGUGGUUAUAGCUCGGGGUGAACGCAUCAGUACAAAUGUCUUAUUUACAGCGAAGUAACUGACCGUAUCGGAGUGACACCGGUAAUGGUAGCAGAGACAAAAAGAGCUGUUACUACACUUUUCUUACUGAAAGCUCUCUGUUCUUGCACAGGUGGACAUUUUAAACGCAGACAUUUGUAGUAAUUUUCCUAAACGAUGGGUUCUUGAUUUUAGAGUUAGACAAAAAGCAGCCUCCUUUAUAUUUAUUUUAUGGUAAACUUUAAAGGUCACUCCAGACCCUGAAAUUAAACAGGAUUACUAUCAUCAGACAUUCUAACCAAUUUGAUCUAUUUCUAACCCUUUUUGCUCUUAUAGUUUCCUUUUAUUUUAAAAGGUGUUUAAGCUGCUCUUUUGACUUGUUUAUACGCAGAUGACGACUCCUUCUAUAUUACCACAUACACAUUUUGGAAUGGUAGAGCAGAGAUUAUAAAAUAAUUCAAGAAGUAAAUAAAAACAUUGUUAUUUUUGUCUCAAAGGAGAAGCAGUUGUGUUCCACACUGAGGUCGAUGAUUCUGAAGACUUUGAAAAAGACUGGCCCUCGCCAGAUAAUGGCACUCGAGACAAAUCGCAGGGCAAUGAAUGUAUCUGAUGAAACAUCAUCUCCUCAUGACUUUGACGUGAAGAGAUGAAUUUGUUUUUGUAAAUUCUUUUCAGCACAGAGGGCGUACGGAAAAUAUUGUUCACAUUUUUACCACAUUUCUGCUGUUUGUGUAUAAACAACAUUGUUUUUCACAGUGAACUUUUAGUGAAGACUAUUUUUGCAGCACCGUUUGUUAUAUCCGUCUCUGUUUGUUUUUUUAUUUCAAGGUGAGACACAGAAAAACAGCCUCUGUAACUUUUGCUGAGCAACAGCGCCCCCUGCUGACUCCACUUGUUGUUAAAUCAAACGGAAGCUCUGACUUCGAAUGACACUUUCGCGGAAAUGCGGAGUUCAUCACUGGGUUUGGAGACUUUAUAACCGACCCAAGCUCGACAUUACUCUUGAACUAGCUGAUUCGCUAACUGUCAUUAAGUCAUUGAGUCAAAGCGCUAAUCAAGCUGCUGUAACAUGAAAUAGGUUUUUCCCAUCAGAACAAAAAGAAAUCACAUGUCGGUGAUAAUAAUGUGGUUUUGAGUGUCAAGGUUAUUACAGUUAACGAAAACUAAAGAAAUUGAAAAAGAAUUGAAUUGAAAUUGAAAAAAAACAUUUUCGUAUACUGAAAUAAAAAUAAAAACUAGUUAAAAUAAAAAAAAUGUGUUUUUAUAACUAAAAUUGUAGUGAAAAUGUACCAAAAAACUAAUACAAACUAAGCAUUUCCAAAAAAAUAACUCUAAAAACUAUUUGAAACAAAGUCAUUUUCCAAACAAAAAGUCAAAACUAAAACUACUGAAAAACCCAAAGCUUUUAUAACCUCGAUGACCGCUCAUUAGUUUAAAACUGCAACCGGUCAGAGGACAUCAGAAAGUGUGCUGAGGACAAAUUGGACCACAAAAACCACGUUCAGAGGUGGUUUAAGUAAUGAAUGCAGAGACCACCUGCUCAGCUGAUGUCCUCUCGUCUGCUACAACAUGGGAUUCAUUUUUUCUCUUGGUUAAAAUCUACUUUUAUAUUCCUAUAUUAUUAAAAAAACACAACUUUCUGCUUUUUAAACCGUCAUCAAACUUUGCUGAACGGGAAGCCAGGAGGCUUGAAAGAAAAUCUUGUAGUGCUGCGCUAAUAAACAAACCAGAUGUGACAUUGGCUAUUACUUUUAUGAAUACUUUGAUAAAAGUGUUGUAUGUGUGUCCUGUAAGAAUCUGUGCCAGACAUCUACAGCAGCAAAUAACAGUGUGGUUCCACAUGAGAAAAGGAAUGUGGGAACUUUGUUGAAAUCUUGAGUUGAUUAGGACCAAAUUUCUGGAUUUCUGUCAGCACUUGAUUAAGUUUUGUGGAAUGAUCUGCGUAGUUGCACCGGAUGUGUAGCUGCGAGUUGGUGACUAAGUGAUGAGAUCUACUACUCUGUCUGAUGCAUUUCACUUGGGAGCUGAGUGAGAUGAGAGGAGACUUUUGGUUUAUGCUGAGUCAGUGAUUAAGGGAAACUUUUUAUUCCCACAUUGAGUUAAUAUUUCAUUCAAAUCCGAGAGGCUUUUUUCCUGGAAAUGCAGUCAAACAUGACAGUUAGGAGGCUUUGUUCCACCUACUCCUCAUUGUGAUUAAAAGUGGGUCCAGUAAAUCCUCACAGUGACAUUUGGUCUGUUUCAUUUUUAGUUCUUAGAAUAAUUAAGUUUUGUGUAAAAGGCAAAGACAUUUGCACUGUUUUUCAUCGUGAAUGUGCAAGUAAUAUAUUGUUGAUUUAAGGGAUGCACGAUAUUGGACUUAAUGCCGAUAUCUGAUACCAAUAUAAAUAGACUUUCCUAUGUGCACAACUGCAGAGGUUAUUUAGUCUCUUCUGUAGUGAAAUUAACAUCAUAUUUUUCAUAUUCAUUUAAAAAAAAAAAAACAUGAUAAUAAAUUAAUAAUUUGAUGAUAGCAAUAAUUAGUCGAUUUUGUUUGAAAUUUAGAUUUCAAUUAGAGAUUAUAUCACAGGACACAAUGUUUCUGGAUAUCUUUUUCCUUCAAACUCGUCCAUUCAAGUAAAAAGACAAAGCAAGUAAUUGAACUAUUUGUGGAGGCUGGUGUUUCCUCCCUAUUAGCAUAUGUGGCUAACCUGUGUGGCGGGGAGGACGCUCGUGAGAGGUCAUGUGAUCACGUAAACCCACCUGUGGUCAUGUGACACCUGCUCACUGCUGCUUCACAUACAGGGAAUGUGUGGAGUUUCACUGCAUGUUUCAUGCGAAAGUUAUUUCAAAUCCACAUUUUGCAACAAUCACAAGAUUGUCUUGUGGUCAACGAGGUUACAGCCUAUUUAGCCUCCUGUUGCAGUCAUUAAUCAUCAUCGACAGCUCUGUGAUAUCCCAUAAAUCUUAACUUUAAAGACGAUUAUCUGCCGAAACAGAUGCUGGGCUGAUAAUAUCGUGCAUCCCUAAUAGAUUUGUAUUUACACUGAAAGUGCACUGUGAUUAUAGGACGUUAAUUCUCCUGCAUAAAAAUGUUGCGUUUUAAAUACAAUAAAAAUACAGAGUGUUGAAACA